AUGGCCAACGACAAGGCGUCCAUCGAACUCAAGGAGAGCCUGGAGAACAGGGAUCCCAAUGCCAUGACUCCUGAGCUCGCUGAGGCACUGCGAAACUAUGUACCAGGAUCGCCUGAGGAGAAAAAGCUCCUCCGAAAGAUCGACCUUUUCCUCAUGCCUAUGCUCUGGAUCAUGUAUAUUUUGAAUUACAUCGACCGGACGAACAUUGGAAAUGCCAUGAUCGCCGGAAUGGGUGACGAUCUAGGGCUCACAGACGAAAGAUACGCCUGGGUUCUGUCAAUCUUUUUCUUCGGAUACCUUAUUUGCGAAGUUCCCUCCAACAUGAUUCUCAGCCGAAGCCGACCAUCCAUUUUCCUGCCUGCUAUCAUGCUGAUCUGGGGUGCUCUCAGUGCGGUCAUGGCCAAAGCUGAUAGCUACGGUGCAAUGCUUGCCUUCCGGUUCAUUCUGGGCUGUAUUGAGGCUGGCUUCUUCCCUGGCGUUCUAUACCUCCUCAGUUGCUGGUACACCAAAAAGGAGCUUGGAAAGCGGUUUGCUAUUUUCUACACAGCAGCCGUGCUCUCGGGCGCGUUUGGAGGCAUCUUUGCAGGCGCUGUCACCUCCAAGCUCCACGAUGCGCACGGGAUCGCUGGGUGGAGAUGGCUUUUCAUUGUUGAGGGUGUUGCCACUGUUGGAGUCGCAAUCAUCGCCUUCUUCGUCCUCCUUGACUACCCAAGCACCUCCAAACAGCUCACCCCCGAACAGAGAAACCUGGCCGCUAUCCGCAUCAUCGCCGACGGUAUCGCCUCGGGGGACCAGAACACAAGCCGUCUUACCCACUGGCAAGCUUUCCUCGCGGCCAUCUCCGACCCCCGGACAUACCUCUUCAUCGUGCUCUUCAUGCUCGAUGUUGGCGCCGGAACGAUUUCGUACUUCAUCCCAACCAUUACUGUCACUCUCGGCUACGACAAGACCACUGCUCAGUACAUGACUGUCCCCAUCUACGCCACUGCCGCCGUUGUGCUGAAUAUCGUUGCCUGGUCUUCGGACCGUCAGGUUGAGCGACGAUGGCACAUCACCGCCGCCCUGGCCCUUGGAUGCGUUGGCAGUGUUGUCUGCGCAGCCGUCAACACACCUAUCGUUCGCUACGUCAUGGUGUGCUUUAUUGCUUCGGGCAUCUGGACCGCAUUGCCUCUUAUUCUGUCCUGGACUAGCGGGACAAUCAGCCUGCCGCCUGAGAAGCGAGCUGUCGUUCUGGCAAUGGUCAAUGCAUUUGGUAACUUUUCGAGUGUAUAUGGUAGCAGGAUCUGGCCCUCGUGGGACAAGCCUACUUAUCAUAUCGGGUUUGGAGUAACGGCCGGUUUCUUGGGUGUUGGUAUGGUUUUGGCAGCGGUGCUUCCAGUCAUCUUUAACCUCCUCCCGAACAAAGAGGCUGCCACUCAUACUGAAGCAGACGGUGAGGACCGAGCAUGA